UCAGUCUUUUGUUAUGAUUAGCUGUGAUCGGGCAAAGCUCAUCACAUGAUACAUAUGUGCUGUGAUUGGCCCUGUCUGUACCAUGUGACUGCUUUGACCAAUCACAGCUAACAACAUAACUGUAUACAAUGGGUGGCAUGACAGGAAGCCAUCCAUUGUAUACAAUCGAUAUGUGAUCUGCUGUGAUUGGUCACAGCGGUCACAUGACACUGGCAAUGGGCCGGUGUAGUGAUAUGUCAUUGGCCGAGUCCCAUGGACACAGCCGGUGACAGAUCGCGUUGCUGCACGGCACCGCAGCCAAGUAGGCGACUCGUUUUGACAGGACGUCAUAUGACACCCAGUCAAAACGACGAGUGUCCCGCCCAGCCGUCAAUCUGCUAUAGACCGGGCAGGAAGGUAUUAAUAGCAAAAAGCCAA